CUCCCGGCGCCCGAAAGGAUCAUUGUUAGCCACCCCCGCCCCGCCCACCCCGGCUGUUUAUUUAUGCAGACGUCACCGGGCCGGCCCCGCCCCCCGGCAUCUCAUUAAGCGAGUGUGUUCCUCUCUCCCUGUCAAUAAUCUCCGCUCCCAGACUACUCCGUUCCUCCGGAUUUCGAUCCCCCUUUUUCUAUCUGUCAAUCAGCGCCGCCUUUGAACUGAAAAGCUCUCAGUCUAACUUCAACUCACUCAAAUCCGAGCGGCACGAGCUCCUCCUGUAUCUUCGGCUUCCCCCCCCUUUGCUCUUUAUAUCUGACUUCUUGUUGUUGUUGGUGUGUGUGUUUUUUUUUACCCCCCUUUUUUUAUUUAUUAUUUUUUUGCACAUUGAUCGGAUCCUUGGGAACGAGAGAAAAAAGAAACCCAAACUCACGCGUGCAGAAGAUCUCCCCCCCCUUCCCCUCCCCUCCUCCCUCUUUCCCCUCCCCAGGAGAAAAAGACCCCAAAGCAGAAAAAAGUUCACCUUGGACUCGUCUUUUUCUUGCAGUAUUUUUCUGGGGGGGGGGGCAAAACUUUUUGGUUUUUUUUUUUUUUUUUGGCUUUUCUUUCUCCUUCAUUUUUCUUCCAAAAUUGCUGCUGGUGGGUGAAAAAAAUGCCGCAGCUGAACGGCGGUGGAGGAGAUGACCUAGGCGCCAACGACGAACUGAUUUCCUUCAAAGACGAGGGCGAGCAAGAGGAGAAGAGCUCCGAAAACUCCUCGGCAGAGAGGGAUUUAGCUGAUGUCAAAUCGUCUCUAGUCAAUGAAUCAGAAACGAAUCAAAACAGCUCCUCCGAUUCCGAGGCGGAAAGACGGCCUCCGCCUCGCUCCGAAAGUUUCCGAGAUAAAUCCCGGGAAAGUUUGGAAGAAGCGGCCAAGAGGCAAGAUGGAGGGCUCUUUAAGGGGCCACCGUAUCCCGGCUACCCUUUCAUCAUGAUCCCCGACCUGACGAGCCCCUACCUCCCCAACGGAUCGCUCUCGCCCACCGCCCGAACCCUCUAUUUUCAGUCCGGGAGCACACAUUACUCUGCGUACAAAACGAUUGAACACCAGAUUGCAAUUCAGUAUCUUCAGAUGAAAUGGCCACUGCUUGAUGUCCAGGCGGGGACCCUGCAGAGCAGACAAGCCCUCAAGGAUGCCCGUUCUCCGUCGCCGGCGCACAUCGUUCAGUGCCCCCUCCCUUGCUGCACUCAGGGACAUGACUGUCAGCACUUCUACCCCCCCUCAGACUUCACUGUCAGCACUCAAGUCUUCAGGGACAUGAAAAGGAGCCAUUCCUUACAAAAGGUUGGGGAGCCCUGGUGUUUGGAGUCGAACAAAGUACCGGUUGUGCAGCACCCUCACCAUGUCCACCCUCUCACGCCUCUUAUCACAUACAGCAAUGAACACUUCACGCCAGGAAACCCGCCUCCACACUUACCAGCUGACGUAGACCCCAAAACAGGAAUCCCACGGCCUCCGCACCCUCCAGAUAUAUCUCCGUAUUACCCGCUAUCGCCCGGCGCUGUAGGACAAAUCCCCCAUCCGCUAGGAUGGUUAGUACCACAGCAAGGUCAGCCAGUGUACCCCAUCACGACAGGAGGAUUCCGUCACCCCUACCCCACAGCUCUGACUGUCAACGCUUCCAUGUCCAGCUUUCUGUCUUCUAGGUUCCCUCCCCAUAUGGUCCCACCACAUCAUACUCUACACACGACCGGCAUUCCCCACCCGGCCAUAGUCACGCCGACAGUCAAACAGGAAUCUUCCCAGAGUGACGUCGGCUCACUCCACAGCGCAAAGCAUCAGGACUCCAAAAAGGAAGAAGAAAAGAAGAAGCCCCACAUAAAGAAACCUCUUAACGCGUUCAUGUUGUAUAUGAAGGAAAUGAGAGCGAAGGUUGUAGCCGAGUGCACGUUGAAAGAAAGUGCAGCCAUCAACCAGAUCCUGGGCCGAAGGUGGCACGCACUGUCCAGAGAAGAGCAAGCGAAAUACUACGAGCUGGCCCGGAAGGAGCGACAGCUUCACAUGCAGCUGUACCCCGGCUGGUCCGCACGGGAUAACUAUGGGAAGAAGAAGAAGAGGAAAAGGGACAAGCAGCCCGGGGAGACCAAUGAACACAGCGAAUGUUUCCUAAAUCCUUGCCUUUCACUUCCUCCGAUUACAGACCUGAGCGCUCCUAAGAAAUGCCGAGCGCGCUUUGGCCUUGAUCAACAGAAUAACUGGUGCGGCCCUUGCAGGAGAAAAAAAAAGUGCGUUCGCUACAUACAAGGUGAAGGCAGCUGCCUCAGUCCACCCUCUUCAGAUGGAAGCUUACUAGACUCGCCUCCUUCCUCCCCCAACCUGCUAGGCUCCCCUCCCCAAGACGCCAAGUCACAGACUGAGCAGACCCAGCCUCUCUCGCUGUCCCUGAAGCCCGAUCCCCUGGCCCACCUGCCCAUGAUGCCUCCGCCGCCCGCCCUUCUGCUUGCCGAGGCCGCCCACGGCAAGGCCCCCGCCCUCUGUGCCAACGGGGCCCUGGACCUGCCUCCCGCCAUCCCUCCCUCAUCCCUGGCGCAGCCGUCGACAUCUUCCUUACAUUCCCACGGCUCUCUGGCCGGGACGCAGCCGCAGCCGCUCUCCCUCGUCACCAAGUCUUUAGAAUAGCUUUACCUUCCUCAGCUCCGGUUGCUCUUUUGUGGAGUGUUGCGUUCUGCUUUUCUUUAUUUCCCGCGCCCCCUUCUGCCAGGUUUUUGUUUUGUCCUCUUUUCCGUUUGUGCCACGUGGCUACAUUAGUUAAUGUUUAUCGAGUUCAUUGGUCAAUAUUUGACCCAUUCUUAUUUCAAUUUCUCCUUUUAAAUAUGUAGAUGAGAGAAGAACCUCAUGAUUCUACCAAAAUUUUUAUCAACAGCUGUUUAAAGUCUUUGUAGCGUUUAAAAAAUAUAUAUAUAUACAUAACUGUUAUGUAGUUCGGAUAGCUUAGUUUUAAAAGACUGAUUAAAAAACAAAAAGGAAAAAAAAGAAGCAAUUUUGAAGCAGCCCUCCAAAAGGAGUUGGUUCUGUAUUAUUUGUAUUAAAUACGAGCUUGCGAACCAAUCAUUUUCCAUCUGGUUUUUAAACCAUAAGGGCACAAUGAAUGCAGUGCCAUUUACCUUUUUUUUUUUCCUGUGUGAAACAACUUUUAUUGUGAUGUUACUUGUUAUUGUUUAAAUGUACAGAAACAAAGGGUUAAAAUGUGUUAAUAUACCUUGUUCCAUGGUGUUGUUCUUUUGGGGGGAGGGGGAUGCUAUUCAACAAUUAAUGGAAUCACAACGCUGUUGGACCAGUAGUAUUUAUUGCUUUAGAGGUUGCUUGUCAAACCUGUACGUUGUCCCUUUUAAAAUAUGUUUUCCUUUUUCUUGAAACUGUAUAAAGUUUUUUUCCCCUUAGCAUAAGCAUCUUAUAUAUAACAACUCAUUUGUACAAGGUUUUUAAGUUUAUAUAUAAAAUGUGUAUAUAUAUAUUUUUUGUUUCCCUUUUGGACUUUUUUUUUUUUUUUUGCCGUAUGAAACCCAGAUGCCGCCAAAUGGACAUUAAUAGUUGCAUUAAAGGAUCAGUAGCAUUAACAAAAGUUGCUUUAAAAGCCAUUAUGUAAAACAAGACUUGAAAAUUAGUGAGGGAAUUUUAGCGACGCUGUACGAGCAACAGUGGAAAUUGUCCCGUUUCCCCUGUGAACUCGCAGGCGAGCGCCCUGCACCCUGAGGACAUGGACUGACCGUGUGCAAAACUUUAUGUGCCAAAAUUCUCAGUGACUUUAGCUUUCUCUCUCUUUUUGAUGCUGUAAUUUUUGUUCAUCAUGUUUUGCUGUGAUGUUACAUAGGUAGAUUUGUAUGUAGUUUUAAUGUCACCUAUAACAAGAUGUGUUUGGUAGCAGAUUGUCCAGAAAGCAUUUUAAAUGAAGAGGUAUAAACCCUUAAGGGCCAAAAAUUCUGUAUAUUAGAUUACUCUUAAAGGAAAAACCAGCUGCCGCUUUUAUGUACACGUAUGACAUACAAGUAGGUAGCAAACUUUAAAAAUAAAAAAAACCUAGGCAUGUUGAUGUUACAAAAUGCUGUAUAAAGCUGAAACCUGUUCAUUCAGUGCCAUUGUAGUUGACAUGAAGCGAUUGUAAAACUGUCUCCGAUUUUUCUCUGGUUUAUUAAAAUGCUAACUAUAACAUUUUUUGUGAAUACUUUGAAUGUUUCCUAACAGUUGUGAUGUUACUGUUCCGUUUUAUGCUCUUAUUCCAAUUUCAUUUUUAAUGGUUUGGAAGCCAUUUUUGUAAUGAAUAAAUGUUCAUGCUGUACAGUAUCUGUAGCAUGCCGUUCUGGAUUAAUAAAAGCAACUUAGUGCAGAUAAA